CUCUUUCUUCAUCAAUAACAUUUACUCUCUCAUUUUCCACUUUCACAUUUUCAUUAGAAGAAAGAUAUACAUAUUCAUAGGCUAGAAGAUAUGGUAAGUCAAACGAAGUAUUUUCUUUUCUUUUUCAUUUUCCUUGUCCUAUCAAAAACCGUCAUAUCAGCUAGAAAACCGUCAAAAUCUCAAGUAAAACCGUGCAAGAACUUCGUCCUCUACUACCACGACAUAAUGUUUGGCGUUGAUGACGUGCAAAACGCGACUUCUGCUGCCGUCACUAACCCGCCGGGGCUCGGGAAUUUCAAAUUUGGAAAACUCGUGAUUUUCGACGAUCCAGUGACCAUAGACAGAAACUAUCAAUCCGAACCUGUGGCACGUGCUCAAGGGUUCUAUUUCUACGACAUGAAGAACGAUUACAAUGCGUGGUUCUCGUACACACUAGUGUUUAACUCGACUCAACACAAAGGGACGUUGAACAUAAUGGGAGCAGAUCUUAUGAUGGAGAAGACAAGAGAUUUGUCCGUGGUAGGAGGGACAGGUGAUUUCUUCAUGUCUCGAGGGAUAGUUACGUUUGAGACUGAUACAUUUGAAGGUGCCAAGUAUUUUAGGGUCAAGAUGGAUAUUAAACUCUAUGAAUGCUACUAAAAUGCUAGUUAAAUGGUCAAACAGAAAGGAAAAGAGUUUGAUUAUUUUGAAACUUUCUAUAAUUUAAUAAGUUUAAGUUGUGCAACAGUCUUAUUUUCAGGGUUUUGUGUAUUCUCGCUCUGCGGUUUGAUGUAUUUUAUGAUUUGUAUUGGAUUUAUGUUGGACAAAAUAAA